AUGGGGGCGCGGCAGCUGCUGCUGGUCGUCCUGGCACUGUGCCUGUGCGGGCCCCUGCUGUCUGUCCGCACGCGGACCCGGGCUCCUCUGCCAGAAUCCCAAAUAGAAAACGCUACUCCAGGAAUCCGAACAUUUCUAGUCAGGAAUCGUGUUGAUAAUUACGAAGACUUCCCACACGAAGAUGUGGAGGGGGUAAAUGAAAGCAGCGUCCCUGAAGACAGAUUAGUCUCCGUCAAUAAAAGCCAGCCCUCCCAGAAGCGACCCCCCGCAUUCAUCUCCGAGGAGGCCUCCGCUUACCUGACCAGCACGUGGCUGACAGUCUUCAUCCCAGCUGUUUACACCGGGGUGUUCAUGAUGAGUCUUCCUCUGAACAUCAUGGCCAUUGUCGUGUUCAUCGGGAAAAUGAAGGUCAAGAAGCCGGCUGUCGUGUACAUGCUGCAUCUGGCCACGGCAGAUGUGCUCUUUGUGGCUGCGCUCCCCUUUAAGAUCAGCUAUUAUUUUUCUGGAAAUGACUGGAAAUUUGGGUCUGAGAUGUGUCGCUUUGUUACGGCAGCGUUUUACUGUAACAUGUACGCCUCCAUCAUGCUCAUGACGGUCAUCAGCAUUGACCGCUUCCUGGCCGUGGUGUAUCCCAUGCAGUCCCUCUCCUGGCGCACUCUGGGGAGAGCUUCCUUCGCUUGUCUGGCCAUCUGGGCCGUGGCCAUUGGGGGGGUGGUGCCCCUUGUCAUCAAGGAACAAACCACCCAGGUUCCGGGCCUCAACAUCACCGCCUGCCAUGAUGUGCUCGGCCAAACCCUGCAUGACGACUAUUAUGCGUAUUACUUCACAGCCUUCUCUGCUGUCUUCUUUUUUGUGCCACUGGCCAUUACCACAGUCUGUUAUGUGUCUAUCAUCCGAUGUCUGAGCUCUUCUACUGUUGCCAGCCCGACCAAAAAGACCCGGGCUCUGUUCCUGUCAGCUGCUGUUUUCUGUAUCUUCAUCAUUUGCUUUGGACCUACGAAUAUCCUCCUCAUUAUGCACUAUUCCCUCUUCUCUUCCGAUUCCGCCAUGGAGUCUGCCUACUUUGCCUACCUCCUCUGUGUCUGUGUCAGCAGUGUAAGCUGUUGCAUCGAUCCCAUGAUUUACUAUUACGCUUCCUCCGACUGCCAGAGGUACCUCUACAGCAUCUUGUGCUGCAAAGAAAGUUCGGAUCCCACCAGUUACAACAGCAGCGGUCAGUUAAUGGCAAGCAAAAUGGACACCUGCUCUACCAACUUGAAUAACAGCUUAUACAAAAAGCUGUUGACAUAG